AGUGCAAAUAUCAUCGAAACACAUAACAUGGCUCCGGCACUAAUUCAAUUUUUACCCAUCAUAAUAUCAUUUUUUAUUUGGUUGAUGACUUUACACAAUGGCUAUUGUGACAACACUACUUUCAGGUUCAUAGAUGGGCCGCGCACCGAUGAAGCGUGUUACGUAGAAGGCAUGAAUGCCAAAUACACUGCGGUCUUUGCUGUGGGUGGAUCCAUACCAUUGACCAGGUUUGAGGUCUGGUUAAAUACCGACCCAGAGGGUAACGGAUUCUGGAAAACUAACGGAACACAAGUCCUCUUCUACCAGGACUCACAGAGUGAAGAUAAUUCCAGAUUCCGCAUAACCGCGGAUUACGAUACGUCAAAGAGGAUCGUGACAUACAACCUGUACGCUACGUCAUUAGCUUUGGCGGACCUGACGCAUCCCAUGUAUGCUUGUAUCGUUGACAAGCAAAGUGGUGAUAUCGUAAAGAUAUCUACAAAUGGCACCAACUUCAAUGUGGAGAAGGCAUGUCCAACUAGAUCGCCAAAUCAGGCAACCCCACAAAUUGCAUCAGAGUGGUCUCUCCUAGGGGCUGUAGUUGCUAUCAUGGUCCUAAUGAUCCACUAAAAUGGCAAAGGAUGUGAAGUGAUAUCGUCCCUCCGUCACCUUCCGAGCAUCACCUGUGGCUCACAAGAAUACUGGCUUCAAGACAAGUGAGGUCCUUCAGAAUUUGUCCAGGUCACCACAUCUAGUUCACACUCCUCUCAAGGACUUCACUUUAUCUCACAAGAUUACUCUUCUCUCAUCUAUUGCCUUCUCACUUAAUCCUGAAUCCAUCUCUUCCAUUUCCACUUCUCAUCGAACUUCCACCAUUGUCCAUUCGACCAUUGAAAGGCCUUUUCAGGAAUAAUGACAUGGAAAACCAUUAGCUUCUCCUAUCUUAUCUGUAGCACAACGCAAACUUUCAAAGAUCAUUGGAUGUAAUGUCCUGUCUUAAUCUGACCAAUUGCCAUUUGACAAAUAAAUCUAAUUUCUUGAUAUCAGGAACUGUCAAAUAGUUUUUAACACCCCAAAAUAUUUUCUGGAUAUCAAGUAAUUUAUCAUGGGGGUCACAAGAAUUUGAUUUCUUUAUAUGAAGAAGAAAUAGAAAUUCACUUCAAAUUACUGAUGAAAAAGAAAAUAUUGUUAUUUGUACAGCUAUGCAUAUUAUUCUUAUUUAGAAGUUUUGUAGUACUACCGGUACUUCAUGUGCCUUUCCAUAUGUUCAUGUAUACAACACGUUUUGGUCAUGAAGGAGAUUUCUACAGUUUGUAAAGAAAUUUCCCCUUUGACCUCAUCUAUUUUUCUAAACACUUCUUUUAGACAACUGUGUGUUCAUACAACCUGACAGACAGACACUGACACAAACAGUUUCAGGACUGGACUCUUCCAAUGGGACAAAGAACAAAUCAGGCAAUAAAAUGAUAUUGGACAGCAAUAUUGGACAUUGAGGUGUCAGUGUAAGCACCUCUCAUUUUCUAUGGUAUUUGUCCUUAAUAGGAGUAAGCAAAUCCUACGUUUAGGCAAGCAUGUCACUGUGGUGUCCUCACAUGCCAAAGAUAGAUACACACUGUGAAGCCUCUAUGUUGUACAUGAUUUGCUUUCCAUCAUCAUCAUGGAAACAUUCUGAAAAUAUUGGACAUAGAAUAUAUCAGCAUUUUUUUCGACAUUUCACCCCCAAGUUCAAUUACCCUAUCAUACAUGUAUAUAUCUCUCUAGCUAGUAGAAACAUGUACUGUACAUGGCUUAUUGUAGAUCAUGUAAUGGUGGCAUUUGCAACUACAUGUAAAUUGGUAUUUAGACAGUUUUCAUAUUAAUGAAAUUGCCUGUCUUUAUAAGCACAAUCAUAAGUAUCUUAAUGAAGAACAUCUGUACAUUUAACAUACCAUUAGUGUACCUGUGAAUAGCAAGUGGAGUGCACACAUCUUGCUUGUGAAUCAAACUACCAGCGCCAGAGCCACAAAGAGGCAUUUUGUAACAUGAAAAUGGCAAUUGUACCUGGCAUGUUUUUUUUUUCAAAUGUAAUUACUGUUAGAUAAGUGAUUUCCUUAUUGAACAUUAGGUUAUAGAGACUUAUUAAGGUAAUGUCUCAUCUGCUCUUUCAGUUGAUAGAAUUAUAAUCAAUAAACACCUAGCAGGGGUGUACUGGUAGUCAAGUCCGAUUCUUACAAGAUACAAGGGCCCAAAUUCACACAAAAGCUUUGAAAAUUCAAAAAAGUGUAAUUAAGCGUAAUUUAUACAGGAAAUUUGCAUAAGACGUGGGUUCAGCCGAUGGUUUUCAUAACCACCAUUGUGAAUUUUGGCCAAGGCCGCUGGACAAAACCUUCUCCCAUAGACAUUGUACACGUGACCCGAACUGAGGCCGAGGCUGAGGCCGGCAAAAUGUGGCCUCAACUACAUGACUGUUACCUAGCAAGGAUAAUAUUUUGUGAAACAAGGGGGGCCUUUCACAAAAAAUUUAAGUAUGACUUAAGAGUCGCACUUAAAUGCAAAUGUAUAUGAUAUGCAACGCGCAGUCUUAUUGAUCAAUACGCAGAAGUUCGCAUCCUCAUGCCUUUCAUAAUGCAAGCAAGUAGCCAAUUAAAUGUGACUCUAUUGUGAAACACCCCCUUGGUUUAUGAAGAUUGCAGUCAACUCUAUAAUAGGUAUGGCUAUCUAGUUAUUGGAUCCAGGUUAAUCAGAAAAUGGCUUGUCACUUUCCUGUUAGUGUUGGUUUACAUAUGAUAUAACGAAGCAGUAGCAUUUUCUGUUUCAAAUAGUUAUAGAAAGGUUAGAUAUGAAGGUUUUCUUUUAUCAUGGACAGUAAAAUAGAGAUUAAAAAACAUCUACAGUAUUUAAUGCAAUACUCUUAUCAGCAUCAUUCAAUUGAGUUUACCAAAUACCGAUGUCAACAUUGUAUAGAUCAGAACCACAUUGCAUAAUGGUAACUUUGACAUCCAAUGGUAGCUUGUCUGGAAUCCUUGAUUUUGAUUGGUUGGUGAUUUCAUUACCACGGAUGGUACUUACUAUGUGAUGGCUAAAUCACUAUAAUAGUAACUUUUGAUUACGCAACAAGGCCCGGCCAUGUUAUUUAAUGCAAGCUUCUUGCCAAUUUUUGUAUUGUUUUAGCAUCAUUAAGUUGUAUACAAUUUCCUAGCAUUGUAACCUACUCAGGCUGGCUGAUGAUGGUAUAUUAUAUAUUUCCUGACUGAGCCUGCACUUAUGCCCACCCAGUCUCCAAUGAAUUAAGUUGAUUGUCAAAAAGUAUGAAUAUAUGCAGUACGUUAUAAGUGUGUCACAAUUUAACCAUCAAAUAUUUACUAUAUUUUGCAAUCAUUUUGCUUCUCUUGCCUAACAUGUACUUCACUGUGAUAUAUUACAAUAUGCAAGUCUUACAUAUAAUUUUGCUUUUAUAUUUACUAUUAAUACUGAUAUGUUUUAAUAUGUUUUUAACAAUUUAUUUACAAAAAUGCAGCAGCCUCAACUUGAGAUGAAGUUAUCCCUUGAUUGGUCCAUACUGAAAGUAUUGCUUUGCCUUGUAAUAUGUAAAGCCAUUCAAUUUAACAUUCAUGUCAAUCCAAGAUACUCUGAAAUCAUCCAAUUCAAGCAUCUAAAAGCUUGCACCAAAACACUGCAUGGUUCUGCCAUUUAAACAUUUCCUUUUGGAUUUUAGACUCCUUCCAAUUUCAGGCUUCUUCAAGAGUUAUAUUGUACAGCACGAAUGGGCUUUAAUAUGUUUUGGUGCGGGGGGGGGGUUCAGUUACAGUUCAUUUACACUUUCAUUUACUGACAGCUUGAUUUAACUGUAUCAGUGACAAAGUUAUUGCAUGAUAUCUGUUUACAUGAAAUGAUUUCUUCCUGUUCGUCGCCACUUUAUAAUCAGAUGUAUUUUGUAUAAUUUAAUCUAAAUAUUAAAUGGCCAUCUGCCUA